AUGCUCGUCAAGGUGAAGAAUCGGAAGUUGUACCUUGCGACAUUUGCCUCUGUUCUGGGUCCCAUGAGCUUUGGGUUCGUGCUGGGAUACAGCUCUCCCGCCAUCCCUGAACUCACCAAGAUCGCUGACUCUCGGCUGAGACUGGACGAUAACCAGGCUUCCUGGUUUGGGUCCAUAGUGACGCUGGGAGCGGCGGUGGGUGGGCUGCUGGGUGGUUGGAUGGUGGAGAAGAUCGGCAGGAAGCUCAGUCUGAUGUUGUGUACGCUACCGUUCAUCUUCGGCUUCACCAUCAUCAUCGCGGCACAGAACGUGUGGAUGUUUUACGUCGGCAGAGCGCUCACAGGCCUCGCCAGCGGCAUCACCUCGCUGGUCGUCCCGGUGUAUAUCUCUGAGAUGGCACAUGAACGGGUCCGUGGGACUUUAGGCUCCUGUGUGCAGCUCAUGGUGGUGAUGGGCAUCAUGGGAGCUUAUCUUGGAGGUCUCUUCAUGGACUGGCGCAGGCUGGCGGUUUGCUGUUCCAUCCCACCGACGCUGCUGAUGGUCUUUAUGUGUUUCAUGCCUGAGACACCCCGCUUCCUGCUGUCACAGGGCAGGAGAAGGGAGGCCGAGGAGGCACUGCGCUUCCUACGAAGACCAGAUGCGCCUGUUGAAUGGGAGUGCAGUCGAAUUGAGGAAGCACGUGAUGAGCAGGGUUCUAAUUUCCAGCUGUCUGACCUGAAGGACCCCGGUGUCUACAAGCCUCUGCUGAUUGGCAUCAUGCUGAUGGUCUUCCAGCAAAUGAGCGGGAUCAAUGCCAUCAUGUUCUAUGCUGAGGACAUAUUUGAACAGGCACAUUUUCAGCAAAGUGAGCUGGCGUCGGUGAUCGUGGGUCUGAUUCAAGUCGUGUUUACUGCAGUAGCAGCACUGAUCAUGGACAAGGCUGGAAGGAAAGUCCUUCUCAUUAUCUCAGGUGUUGCUAUGGCCAUCAGCACCACAGCAUUUGGAGUGUACUUCAACCUGAUGUCCAGACUUCCUGAACCCCAUGGUGACCUGGCCUGGAUGGCUCUGGCCAGCAUAGUGGUUUUCAUCACAGGUUUUGCUCUCGGUUGGGGUCCGAUCCCAUGGCUGGUGAUGUCAGAGAUUUUCCCAGUCAAAGUGAGGGGGUUUGCCAGCGCCGUCUGUGUCCUCACCAACUGGAGCAUGGCAUUCUUCGUCACCAAAAACUUCCAGGAUAUGAUGAAUCUUCUAACCAGUGCAGGAACCUUCUGGCUCUUUGCCUCUAUGUGCACCCUCAACAUCAUCUUUACCAUGGCCUUCAUCCCAGAAACCAAGGGCAAAACACUGGAGCAGACAUCACCACCCAGAGAGGUUAAAGAAAUGUACGCCAGAGGAAUUGUGAACUUAUUCCCCCACCUCAGCGAUCCCUUCUCCAGGACUGGAUAUGAGCAUUAUUAUGAUGGUGCAAGCAGCACUGGGUACUUGGCCUGGAGGAUAAAAACUAUUCAGAGAUCCACUGCUCGAGACAGACGAUCAUCAUAUGGAGCAUCAUCUGAAGAAGCAUCUUGUGAGCAUGGGCUUGGAGGACCAGCUGCCAGACGGGAAUCCUACUUUGUUCCAGAGACUGUCCUGAGUGAAGAAGAGUGUAAGGAAGCCAUCGCACUGAUUAAACAUUCAGCUGAUGAAGACACAAUCAAGAAGAAGAUGAAGCUCACAUUUGACUUCCGACGCAACAUGGUCCUCGACCCACAACAGUCGAGCAACGUACUCUAUGUCUUUCCACGUUUCAAAGAUGUCAAAGGCUUGGUGGAGCAGGAUUUUGUUCUGAUGUUUGGAGAAGAUGUCUCCGGCAAGUUUCUGGAGAAAUGGACGACCACAUUCAAGAGAAAGAUCAUCCAACAAUGCAAAAAGCUUCCACCCACUAGUGAGUUAGAAGAUCUUCUCCUGGCAGCUGAUACUCCGGAGGAUGGCACUGAAGUGGAUGAUGACAUUGGUUGGGACAGUGACCUCUCAUCAAUUUUGCUGCUGCUACACCUGAUUCCCCCCUCUGCCAUGGGUCGUAAGAGACCAGGGAAGGUGUCUGCUUCCCAAGCAGAGAAGCAUCUUGUGGUUUUCAAGAAGACAGGAACCAACAUCCAAGAACAUCUUGAUGGCAUCACGACAAGUACACAACCCUAUCUCCUGGCUGUAGGACGAAGGAAGAAAGCAGUCCACCAGUUCUUCAUCAUCCUUGACAAAAAUGCCAUUGCUUGCAGGUCAACCUCCUCUCUUGGUGCCUUUGACGAACUGUUUAAGGCACAUUAUGUAUUUGCCACAAUAUACAACCCCAUGCUGUGCAACAUGUUUACAUUCAUCCAGACCACUGUGUACAAUAUAGAUGUUGGCAAAAUGAAGGAGAGUCCUCGUGUGGCAGAAAUUCGGGCUAGGUUGCUUCACUAG